GCCUCCUUCCCUCACUCCUCUGCGAUCCCUGCUUCAGCUCGUGCGAUCUCUGGUGUCGGCGAUCGCUGAGUUCUCGAAGAAGAAGGAGAAGCAGCAGCAAUGGGUCACUCCAACGUCUGGAACUCUCACCCCAAGAGCUACGGCCCCGGUUCUCGCGCAUGUCGCGUGUGUGGGAAUCCUCAUGGUUUGAUUAGGAAGUAUGGACUCAUGUGCUGCAGACAGUGUUUCCGCAGCAAUGCCAAGGAGAUUGGCUUCAUCAAGUACCGCUAAAGAGCUAAUACUCUUCCCCUGGCGAUUUCCCAGUGCAAGCACUCUCUUAGAGAUCUAGGUUUGCCAUAAUUUUUAAGAUGAUUUUGUUUUGAUGUCAUUGUCAUUGGAGCCAACUUUGGACUCGAAAUAUGUAAGGAUCAUCUAUUUGAGUUCAUAAAACUCUAAAUUUUCUUUUUCA